AUGGCGGCGGCUCUGUCGGGCCUGGCUGUCCGGCUGUCGCGCUCGGCCGCCGCCCGCUCCUAUGGGGUCUUCUGCAAGGGGCUGACCCGCACGCUGCUCAUCUUCUUCGACCUGGCCUGGCGGUUGCGCAUCAACUUCCCCUACCUCUACAUCGUGGCUUCCAUGAUGCUCAACGUCCGCCUGCAGGUUCACAUUGAGAUCCAUUGAAGGCCUUCCGCGAACUGACAGGCAUGUCCUGGGGCUCAGGGUGUGAGAGCACACAGCAUGAGGGACGGCGGGGGGCAUCUCAGCACCCGCCUCGCAGAAGAGAAG